AUGAUUGUCAAUUUAAAGCAGCUACAACUAAACAACAACAGCAACGACAACAACAACAAGAGCAGCAGCAACAAUACGGCAACGUCAACAACACGCAAUUGCUGUGAGCGCGACGGAGACAGCAACAGCGUGAGUCAUAAAAGUGAAAUAAAAAUGCGGAUAAAGAGAGAAGCGCCGUGUCUACUGUUAUUUAUGCCAUUACCAAACAAUAACAACAACAACAACAAUCGCAUUGGCGCUAAUCACAAGGACUAUCCCAACAACAAGCGUUCCAGGGAAAAUCUGGCAUGUGACGAACAACAGCUGACGGCGACGUCAACGACAGCAGCAAUGAACGCUGGCAGCAAUGGCGGCCGAACGCCGCCGCUCAUGCGCAGCUGCUCCAGUCCGGCGGUUUACGAUAUCGAAACACAUCCCGCUUCGCCAGUAUUCCCACAUCUGCUGCUGGGCAAUGGCCGGGAUGCGGACGAUCCCAGCAGCGUGGGCGCCAAUUGUGUGUUGAAUGUUACCUGCCAAAGUCCCAGCGAGAGUCAUCUGCAGGGUCUGAAGUAUAUGCAAAUACCUGCCAGCGAUACGCCCCAUCAAAAUAUUAAACAAUAUUUUCAGGAGGCAUUCGAUUUCAUAGAGGAUGCACGCAAAACAGGUUCGCGCGUUUUGCUACACUGUCACGCGGGCAUCUCGCGCAGCGCCACCAUCGCCAUUGCGUACGUCAUGCGGUACAAGUCGCUGUCGCUGAUCGAGGCCUACAAGCUGGUGAAAGUGGCCCGGCCCAUCAUCUCGCCCAAUCUGAACUUCAUGGGCCAGCUGCUCGAGCUGGAGCAAAGCCUGCUCAAGAGCGGCGCCCUGGCGCCCCUGCCCACUGUGUCCCCAUCCGCAUCGCCCGCUGCCAGCAGCCAUGCGUCAGCAUCUAGUCAGCUCGUGGAAGAGCCCGAGGAGGAGGAGGAGGCCGAGUUACGUCCGAUGCCAGUGCCGCGCAAGUCCAAGUCGGACAGCGAGGCCAUGGACGAAGAUGUCUAUGAUUAUGAUGAUGUGGACAGUGGCGCCAGCAGCUUUGCCGGCAGCAAUUGCUCAUCGCGCCUCACCUCUCCGCCCGUCACACCGGACGAGACGCCCUGCACGUCGGCAGCGGCGGCGGCGCCAGCAGCAGCUGCCACUGAACUGGACUCGCCGUGCUCCAAUAGCAGCAGCGGCAUCUACUCCAUUUCAACAUCGCAAGAGUUUACACCUGCUGCGCCCGCACCUGUUACACCUGCUGCAACGUCGACGGCGGCGACACUGUCGCCCACGCGACCGCUGGGGCUCUUGAAGCGCAAUUCGCCGGUGAAGCUGCGGCUCAAUCUGGAGCCCAGCUAUAACACGCCCAACAUACCAAAAUCCAUAUCCUGCAUAUCCAUACACAAUGCCAGCCAGCAUAGUCCGCUGCCGCGGGAGGCGCCAGCCACGCCCAGCUGUGAGCUGGCGCCCACAAUGCCCAAUGGCGACAACAACAACAACUUGGUGGCGGCCACGUCGAGUGAUUGAUGCAUCAGACGGAGGCGACGCCACCGACGCCCCAAAGCUGUGAAUAAAAUAAAACUUAUGUGUACAAUUAAGUGAUGCGAAAUUUCGUAUUUUAUAUACUAUAUACAGAGAGCAUGAUUGAAUGGAUUGAUUGGUUGAUUGAUUGAUGGAUUGAUUGAUUGAUAGCUAGCCUCACUUACUACUCAAUGAAUUGAGCGUGUAUAUUUUGUACCUAAAAACUGAGAAAAACGAAAACUUCUGAAAAAGAAAUGAGGAAAAAACAAUUGAUGCAUCCAAAAGUUUUUGAAGAAUGCAAACGGGGAAAUAUUUAGUCUAAUUUGUAAUUUUAAAACAUUUGUAAUCUAACCUUAGAUCACACAGAACCAGAUACAAAAUAGAUCAACUAUAUAUUUCGUAAUGCAUCAAACUAUAUAAAUCUUGUGCUGCUAUUAUAAAUUGUUUAAAAACCUCGUAAUGUUUAAUUUAGUAUAAUUUAUGAUCAUAAGCAAAUCUUAACUAUUCACAUAGUAAACAAAAAUAAUCAU